AUGUCGUCCCCUAUUGAGGGUGGAUUUUUCAAGACUCAGAUCUUGUCUCCGCCAGCUUCAUCGGUACAUUCUUCUCAAGCACCCUAUGCCCUUCCGCGCCCAAGGUCUAAGCCUCUGCGGCUUGGAGGCUCUAAAGAAUCUGCUGUCAUCAGGCAUAUUGAUGAUGGGAUACUGCAGAUUCAGCGACACUUCGCUCAACGGAGCGGUAAUGCAGCUGACGUAGACCACCUUGGGGGUUACACAAGGUUCAAAGAAGCAGGUAACGACAUUGAGAAGCUCGUAGAUGUCGUUUGGGUAUCUGGUACCCCUAGUCUACAAGUGCCAUACCUCUUAUCUCUAUCGCUCCUAGCAGUAGACUGCAUUUCAGGUCUCCCAGUCUCCCCACGGACUAUGUUUCGACUACUCCACAAGUUAGAUGUAGCCUUCGCCUCAUUGCUCCAGGGACAAGACAUUGAUACUGGGGAAUCUCUUCCCGGCUCUGAGGGCGGUAGAACUGUGUCAGAUACACAGAAAGUUCGACUGAAAGGAAUCGUUCAACGCACACGAGUGGCGGUCGUUGAUGUCAUGUCUAAUGGUGAGAUUGAAGAGGAUGAUCAAGAAGCUAUAGAUAUGUCUGAAGAUGUGUAUGACCCAUCUGAUGCUGAGAACCCCGAUGUGGACCUGGAUAGUAUAGGCGCCGAACAUGUUUCUUGGGAAAUGGAAACAGCAAAGGUAUACGACAGAACUGUGGUAGAACUAGGAGAUACAAUAGGUGGUCCUCCGAUUGGUAUCAUAGUUGAUUGA